AUAAUAUGGGCUGGUUUGAUAGCGUUGUCGAUAGCGAUAAUCACGAUGGCGUGGAUUAGUACUGGUAUGCCACCAAUAGAAUAUUAUGUAUGGCUGGUCCAGAUGCAGAUUUAUCCCAACAGACGUGUUGUACAGGUUCUUCAUAUGGAUCAUGAAGACGCGGGUGUACUCGAGAAUCAGCUGGUGCAGAGGACUGCAACAAUGCAACACAAUAUCACCGCUAAUGUAAUGACGACAACAAGUCAAGCAGUUACCAAUAGCACUAAUACGAAUAGUGGCAAUAUAACUGAGCAAUCACAAAAUCAGUUAUCAAAUGCAGUCAGCAGUAAUAAUGAUCAGCGUUCCGAGCCAUCAGCUUGGUCAGUAGAGCAGUCAUCGACAACACUACCAACAACACACCAUUGGGAAGUUGAGCUAGGCAGCGCAUCGUCAUCGUCGUCGAACAGCGGCGACACCACUGAGAAUUCAUCAGAUCGGUUACAACAAACUUUAAGGCGACGAGCACUGGCGGAGCAAAGUACAGGUGGUGUGGAUAGUAAUGUUCACAGUGAGAGCAGUCAAUCGAGAAGAUUAUUGCUGUCAAGGGUGCGUGUACCCUUACAAGAGGAGCACUCAACAACAUCAACACCUCAACACGAAAGUGAAUAUGACAGCAGUGCUCAUGCUAACGAUAUCGAUAGCUUAUCUUCGGAAAUUUUAGCAAGUUCCACGUCUCGAAUUGAAGUUGUAGAACGCGUUCAGGACAGGACGACGACGACGACGACGACAACUGAGGCAGCUCAGGAGGAGCUAGGGCAAACUAAUGAUGGUGGCAGUGAAACUGAGGUGAGGCAACCGCAAAAGACAUCAGCAGCGAAUACGGGUGAUAUCCGAAUGAAUGGAGCUUCAAAUGAAACGUCAACUUCUGCAUUGAUAGCAAAUUCGUCAACAAACUUGGUCCAAGAUAAUACGCGAAGUACGAACAGUGAAAAUGUCCCCGAAACGAUUUUAUCGGUUUCCGAGGGAUUGCCGAACAGCAAUGAUAAUAAUGAAAAAGAAAGUGAAAAGCGAACUGCGAGGAUUGCCGACGAAAAUGCUAACGAUAAGCUGAAUAGUAUAAAUAAUGAUAAAGAGAAGGGUGCUGAUGAGAGUUCGUCAUCGAUUAUAAGAUUGAAAUUUUUGGACGACUCGCAAAUGUUCGCAAAUACAACGCUAGACGCUACAGUGGGACAGUUCAAGAGGCGGUACUUUCUGGAGCCGUUGGGAGCUGGCAAAGUGGUUCGCUUGAUCUAUCGAGGUCAACUACUACGUGACGAUACGAGAUCAUUGCAAAGUUACGGACUGCAUGAUCAGUGCGUAUUGCAUUGUAAUAUCUCAUCAACACCGUAUGCACAAGCGAAUAACAAUAGCAAUAAUAAUAAUAAUAGCAGUAAUCAAAUGAACCUCGGCGUGAUCCCAAGAAAUGCGUUCCAAGAAAGUUCUCUGCAAUCCGCAACGGCUGCUGCGAUAGCUGCCAUAGCCGGUACGCAGUCGUUUUGUUAUCAUAUAACCAUCAUCAUUGAAUUGUUGAAGGGAGAAGGGCCGAGUUUGAUAGCGUACGAGAAGUUGUGUAAGACGAUUGAUUUGAUAGAGCAGUGGAAUUAUGAGCAGAAAGUUGAGUUUAUCAAUCAGUUCGUUGAUUUGGUGGAUGUUUUGGAUGCGAGUUGUAAGCAGUUGGUGAAGAAACUGGCGGAAAUAGAAUGGCAUGUGAUUCCACUGUCCACUUCAUCGUCAACGAAUCAUCGUGAACGAUUUGUGAAAUUCUUAAGAGAUUUGGCCAUUCAACACAUCUGUCAUACUGAGACAAUUAUUUACGCGUUUAUCAGACAUUUUAUUGCGAAAACGCGUUUGAUUGUGCCAAAUGUGGAUAUGAAUGAUGAUGAGCGUGGAGUGUUGAAUCGAACUCGUUUGAAGACAACACCAAAAUUUGAGUUGGUAUUGGACGAGAGGGAACAAGAUGAAAUCUAUUCAUUAUCGCAUCAGUCGAUUGAAUUUUUGCUACGAUGCUAUCCGAUGUGCUCGAAAGUGGUUCAACAAGUCGUCUCACAUUUAUUUCCACACUUUUCGCAUCCACUUCAAAAAUAUGAAAGUUUCGUGAGGAAUACAAUAAAACUGAGUGAUUAUGCGAGUAAAAUACGCAGAGAUCUAUUGUCGACACUAUUGGAUAGUUUGAUUACGAUUGAUGGAAUGGUAGCGAAUCGUCAGCGAUCGAUGGUGAUUGACGAGGAUGAGGAGUACUUCGAGGAGGGUUUUGAUGUGUUCUUAAUGGUUCGUUAUUUAUUUUUAUCUUUUAUUGGUUAUUAUUAUUAUUAUUAUUAUNUGCGAAAUGUUUUGGUGGAAGACGAGGACGAAAAAGUGAGAGAGCGAAUCGAAAAAUUGGAUAUAUCGCUGACUUAUCUAUUUUCAUAUAUUGCACGAGCACAUCAGAUAGCGUUACCACCCAACAUUGAGGAACACAUCGAAUGGUUGCCGGACACGUGCUCAACAAACGAACUAAGUUCACAGCUGUGUAGCAUAUUUGAGGAGAAGUUAUUGAUGGCCGUCAAUGUACAGCACGUUUCAUUUAUAUGGUUUUAUUUGUGUAGUAUUCAAGAGAGUUAUAUGGACUCAAUGUUGGAUAGUUUAUGGCGUGUUAUUAUGAGACCUGGACAGUCGCCGAAUGAUUGGAAAAAAUCUCAGGGUGCUGCUUGCUAUAUGGGCGCGUUUCUGGCGAGGACUGAAUCGGUUGGCUUGAGAAAAUCAAUGGAGUGGAUGGAACGUAUGAUGAAACGAUGUAGAAGUUAUUUGAAUGAACUCUGUGAUAUUCGUCGUGGCCAUAGUAACGAUAGCAAUAAUAAUUUUAUGAAUAGUGUGGGCACAUUGCGGCAU